UCGCGCAGGACACACAUUACAUCUAGUCAUUAACAGAAAUCUGUGCUGCCAUUUAAAACAUGAUACCUCAAAGUGAAUUUGCUGCUACGGCCGCAGUGCAAACUCAAUUGGAUGUGGACUACUGCGAAGAAAGUCGCUGCAAUCAGCCGCAGACAGCUGUGGAGAUCUAUCACAGAAUUCUGGAGCGCUUGCAAAGACAAUCAGAACAGCACCAUAUGGAUAAAACUGCAGAUCAAAUCUCAGAAGAUCUACUGAAACAGAUUUGGAUAGCCAGCUUUACUGGCGGCAAUAUUUACUACGCCACUUGAUAU